AGGAAAGCGUCCAGGCCCAGCGGAGCGACCCUGGUCUCGAACCGCAGCCACACCACGUCGCCGCCGGCCGCCGGGGAGGUCGCAGCGAGCGCGAGCGUGUGGGAGGGGGGGAGAUGGCGAGCCGGCUGUGGAGGUGGUACGCGGACCGGCAGUUCAACAAGUGGGAGAAGACGGUGCUGUGGGACAUGCUGGAGCCCUACCGCCCGCCGCGCUCCUUCGCGCCGCUCGUCGGCACCUACGUCGCCGCCUUCUACACCGCCGUCGUCGCCGCCGCCGUCACCGAGCAGCUCUACAAGGAGAAGUACUGGGAGGAUCACCCGGGCGAGGCGGUGCCGAUCAUGCCGCCCAUGUUCUACUGGGGGCCAUGGAGGGUGGUGAACGGCGAGGUUCCCCGCUUCAUCCAGACGCCCGAGGAAGCUAAGCCGGCAUAGGAACUGCUUGGAGAUCGGCGGGGAUCAUGUGAGAUGUUUGAUGUUCUCCUUUUUCUUGAAGAUUACUUACUCUCUGCUGUGUAGCUAUUGCAUUACGGCAUCACUUGUAAUUUACAUUCUGGUGAUUGGGCAGGGCCGUGAAUCAUGAUGGUGGGUUAUGUAUGCUUCUUUGCAUGAAUAAGUACAUACGUUGCUUCUCUUGAUCGGAUGUCUAUCAAAGGUUAUUUGCCGUCUGUGUAGGCUUGUAGCUAUGGCAUUGCUGCAUCUCUUGUAAUUUACAUUCUGGUGAUUGGGCAGCGUCGUGAAUCAUACUGGUCUUUUAUGUAUGAUUGUUUGCAAGAAUAAAUUGGUGAAUCAUA